GAGAGAAGACUUUGGGAGGAGAUUCCUUCAUAAACCUCCACCAUUCCCCCCUUCCCUCCUUCCGGAUGCCAAAUCUCUCUUCCUCUUCUUUCAUGGGCGUCGGAUUCACCCUCCGACCUACUGGACCUUUAUCCUCCUUGUAUGGACGGCGCCACCGCCGCCUCUCUUGAUCGCUCCUCCCACGCAAAUCAAUAUCAUGAAACGCCGGAAACGCCGGAGGAUUUCUACUCCGAUUCCGGACUCUCACAUGUUCCGCUGGCCCAGGCUCCGGUUCUAGUGCUUAUUAAAUUCCACACAGCGCUGCGAUCAGAGCUUGCGGAUUUACGGCGCGUGACAUUGGCCGCGGCGGAGAGUGGCUGUUAUGGCUGCGAGUUCGUGUCGGAAUUGAUUCGGAGAGUUGAGUUUCUGAAACUUGCUUAUAAGUAUCAUUGCGCCGCCGAGGAUGAGGUUGUAUUCCCAGCUCUUGAUCUACACACAAAAAAUGUAAUCUCCACGUAUUCUCUCGAGCAUGAAAGCUUAGAUGGCCUCUUCACCUCCAUUUCUGAACACUGUGAAGAAAUCAAUGCAGAAAACAAAGAUAUCUCCAAGCCAUUUCAGGAACUGGUUUUCUGUUUGGGCACAAUUCAAACCACCAUUUGCCAGCAUAUGAUCAAAGAAGAACAACAGGUUUUUCCAUUGCUGAUGAAACAGUUCUCUGCAAGAGAACAGGCGUCACUUGUGUGGCAAUUCAUUUGCAGUGUGCCGAUGAUACUAUUGGAGGAGCUUCUGCCAUGGAUGAUGUCUUUUCUUCCAUCGGAGCAACAAUCAGAAGUCGUAAUCUGCCUAAGAGAUGUAGUGCCGAACGAGAAACUUCUGCAAGAGGUGAUAAUGUCUUGGCUUGGCAACAGUGAGGCGCCUUGUAGAGAUGUAGAAGCAGAAGGUAUGAAGGUGCAUUCAUCUCAGGACAGUGGACAGAGCCCCGUCGAUAGCCUCCACAUCUGGCAUGGUGCCAUUAUGAAGGAUCUGAAGGAAGUUCUAAAAUGUCUGUUCCAACUCAAGAGCUGCACUUCAACAGCUCUUUCUAAUCUUGAUUCCUUGGUUGUCCAAAUAAGGUUCCUGGCUGAUGUAAUUCUUUUUUAUCGAAAGGCAAUGGAGAAAUUCUUUCGUCCAGUGUUCAAUCAAUAUUCGGACGCAUACCUAAUCUCCUCCGACCAGGCAUUUCUUAGUGAUAGUCAUAUUGAAGCCUUACAACGGUUGCUGCAGCACGGUGCCCAAGACACUAUACCUUUGAGCAACUUUUUGGAAAAAUUGUGCUGGGACAUGGAGUCGUUUGUUGUCCGAGUUAGCAAACAGUUCACGUUUCAAGAAACGAAGGUGCUUCCAGUGAUUAGAAGGAGCUGCAGCCAUAAAACACAGCAACAGCUUCUGUAUAUGAGCCUCCGCACCUUGCCACUUGGGCUCUUGAAGUGUAUUGUUAGUUGGUUUUCAACUCACUUAUCUGAGGAAGAAAUGAGAUCUGUACUUCACACCAAAUCGAAGGGAGAUCUUCGGGUCAACAAUGCGCUUGUUGCCCUCUUACAUGAGUGGUUACGAAUUGGCUACUCGGGCAAAACUUCGGUCGAACAAUUUGGACAAGAAUUGCAGAAAAUUUUUCAAACCAGAAGCUAUUUGUUGCAUGGACAGGUGGAACAAACGAAGGGAGUUGUUGGAACUUUAUCCUUGAGCUCAAAUGUUCAAUCUUAUAAGGGCUCAAACUCUGAGGAAAUUGGAUUACUUUCCAACAACAAGAACAAGGGUUUCAUGUCACAUUCUUCGCCUGAUGGUUCUUGCACUGCUUCAGUGUAUGGAACAUCUUAUUCUAGUGGAAUCAAUCUGCAGAUACAUUUUCCAGGAACAGUGAAGGUGCCAUGUCCUUACACUAAGCAUCUUUAUGAGGAACGCCCACAUUCUGCUUUUAAUCAGCCAAAACCAAUAGACCUCAUUUUCUUCUUCCACAAAGCUCUCAAGAAAGAAUUGGAUUACUUUGUUCUCGGUUCGGCUAAGAUGGUUGAAAAUGUUGGGAUCUUGACAGAGUUUAUCAGGCGGUUCCAAUUGGUAAAAUAUUUAUACCAAAUCCAUACGGAUGCUGAGGACCAGAUUGCUUUUCCAGCAUUGGAGAAGAAGGGAAAGUUCCAAAAUAUUAGCUACUCCUACUCCAUUGAUCAUAAACUUGAAGUACACCAAUUCAGUACAAUAUCCCUCAUUCUUAAUGAAAUGUCUGAAUUGCACGCUUCGAUUUUUUAUGGCAAUACUGAUAGGAAAAUGUUUGGUCACCGGCAGCUCUGCCUGGAACUCCAUGAUAUGUGCAAAUCUCUGCACAAGUCGCUCUCUGACCACGUUGAUCGUGAAGAAAUUGAGCUUUGGCCCUUGUUCAGAGAAUUCUUCUCAAUCGAAGAGCAAGAAAAGCUUAUUGGAGCAAUAUUUGGCAGAACAAAAGCUGAAAUAUUGCAAGAUAUGAUACCUUGGCAAAUGGCAUAUUUAACACCUUCUGAUCAACAUGACAUGAUGUCUAUGUUCCACAAGGUAACAAGGAAUACAAUGUUCAAUGAAUGGUUAAGAGAGUGGUGGGAAGGUUAUGACCAUGAGAGGGUGACAGCUGAGGUGACGACUACUACUCCCUCACUGACUUCAGAUCCCUUGGAAAUCAUCUCAAAAUAUCUUUCCACGGAAGUAACUGAUGAAUGUGAAGGAAAUGUUUUUGGAAAACCCAUCACCUCAGAACAGAAUGAAGGUCAAUGGCAUGCAACCGAUGUCGAGAAGACGGUAAUAUUCAACUUGAAUGAUGAAACAAAAGAUUUUGAUGGCAGCCAACGUAACAGAACAUUUGAAGAAUGCACAAAACUUGUUUCUCAUGGGGAUGUUGAUAGGGAUGCUGAUGUUAUAACAGAACAUAUGAUCGAUACAGAACGACCUGAAGAACAUGAGAAAUCAAUCCAACAUGACCACCUUCUUACAAUUAGUCAAGAAGAUCUGGAAGCAGCAAUAAGAAGGGUCUCGAGAGACUCAUCCUUAGACCCCAAAACUAAAUCCUAUAUGAUACAGAAUUUGCUAAUGAGCCGUUGGAAUGCCAAGCACCAUACCCAAUUAGAGACAAACGUUACAACGGAAAGCCAAGGAUUUGCAGGUCAGUAUCCAUCCUAUAAGGAUUCUUUGAAGAAAGAAUUUGGUUGCAAACAUUACAAAAGAAACUGCAAGCUUCUAGCUCCAUGUUGCAACCAACUACACACAUGCAUACAUUGUCAUGAUGAGACAACCGAUCACUCGUUGGAUAGAAAAUCCAUCACAAAGAUGAUGUGCAUGAACUGCUUGGUAGUUCAGCCUAUUGGCAAGACAUGUUCAACUGUCUCUUGUGGCAAUUUGUCAAUGGGAAAAUAUUUCUGCAAGAUCUGCAAACUAUUUGACGAUUCUAGAGAUAUCUACCAUUGUCCAUACUGCAACCUGUGCCGAGUGGGAAAGGGAUUGGGGAUUGACUACUUCCAUUGCAUGAACUGCAAUGCCUGCAUGUCCCGUGCACUCUCAGUUCAUGUAUGCAGAGAGAAGUGCCUUGAAGACAACUGCCCUAUUUGCCACGAAUACAUCUUCACUUCCACCCUUCCAGUCAAGUCCCUCCCAUGUGGCCAUUUGAUGCAUUCAGCAUGUUUUCAGGAAUACACCUACACACAUUAUACCUGUCCUAUCUGUAGCAAGUCACUGGGAGACAUGCAGGUGUACUUUGAGAUGCUGGAUGCAUUGUUGGCUGAAGAGAAAAUUCCAGAUGAGUAUUCUGGGAAAACUCAGGUCAUACUGUGCAAUGACUGUGAGAAGCGUGGAAUAGCAGCAUUCCACUGGUUGUACCAUAAAUGUCCCUUCUGCGGUUCAUAUAAUACCAGGGUAUUGUAAUUCUACUUGAUUUUGAAUAAUCGAUCGAUUCUUUCCAAGCA